AUGGAUACAUAUAUUCCCCAGCAACUCCGACUUGCCUCGGGCGCCCUAGAUUUUUGUAUUCAUGACUGGCAAGAUGCUAUCCUCUCUUGCAUCCAUAGUGCUGCUAAGCACACUACUCAGCAACCCCAAUACCCUCCAGCGUUCCCGCUACAGCCCUCCCUAGCAUCUUCAUACAAUAAUGCACCCAGUGUUCUUCCCAAUAUUCUGGACGCCGCUGCUCCAAAUGCACAAAAUGUGUGUCCUGGCUACAAGGCUUCCAAUGUGAAACAAAGCAAUUCAGGACUCCAGGCCGAUCUGACUUUGGCCGGUACACCUUGUAACGUGUACGGCAAUGAUAUCCAGGACCUUGUGCUGUCUGUCCAGUAUCAGAACCAGAGCAGACUUGCAGUCAGCAUCACUCCCAAAUAUCUUGCUCCUCACAACGAAUCGCUGUACAUCCUCGAUGAGCGAUUCACUCCAAAGCCGGGAAUGGAAGAUGGUUCCAGUAACACCACUAGCGACCUAGCCUUUACCUGGAGCAACGAUCCUAGCUUCCAAUUCGAGGUCACCCGGGUCGGGUCUGGCGAGACCAUCUUCAGCACAUACGGCAAGAAGAUCAUCUUCGAAGACCAGUUCCUCGAGCUUGUCACCUCGAUGGUGCCAGACUACAACGUUUAUGGUUUCGCCGAAGCCUUCCACAGUUUCAGAUUGGGCAACAACUAUACGCAAACCUUCUGGAACGCGUACAACCUCGAUAAUGAUCAAUUGCCUGAUGUCAAUGGCCACAGCACACAUCCAGUCUACCUCGAGACUCGCUAUGGGAAUGGUUCUUCGACCUCUCAUGGUGUUUAUGCUCGCAACGCGCAUGGACAAGAGUGGUUGUUGAGAGAGGAUACCAUCACUUACCGCACUAUAGGUGGUAGCUUUGAGUUCUACUUUCUUAGUGGUCCAUCGCCUAAGGAAGUCAUAAGUCAAUAUCAGGUGGGUAUCGUCAAUACACCUGGCAUGCAGGCCUACUGGGCGCUUGGGUUCCACCAAUGUCGUUGGGGAUACCUGAACUGGACGAACCUUCGAGAUGUGGUUGAGUUGUAUGAGGAGGCAGGCAUCCAGCUGGAAGGCAUCAUGAACGACUUGGACUACCUGAACUUGAACCGAGACUUUACUCAUAAUGCAAACUACCCAGCAGACGAAGGAAAAGUAUUCUUGGAUUGGCUACACGCACGUGGUCAAUACUACUUGCCUAUCCUGGACCCUAACAUCUACGCUCCGGACCCUACAAACGCUAGUGAUGCUUACCCACCUUUUGACCGCGGCAACGAGCUUGACGUCUUCAUCAGAAACGGCAACGACAGUCUCUACUACGGCAUGGAGUGGAAUGGCUUCAGCGUCUGGCCCGAUUUCUCAGUCCCUCAAGCCCAGCAAUUUUGGACAGAGCAGUUUGCCGAGUUCCGCAAGACGCUCGCUUUCGAUGGUUUCUGGCUCGAUGUCAGUGAUCCCACCUCUUGGUGUACUGGCAGCUGUGGACAGUAUCAGCGCAGCUUGAAUCCCGUGCAUGUGCCUUUCGCAUUGCCUGGAGACCCUAACACGAAUAUUGCUGUCGAUUACCGAUACCCGGAGAUGUUCAACGUCACGAAUGCGACUGAGGCUGCUUCAGCAAGUGCAUCGAGGGCAUUGCAGAUGUUGGCCUACCCAUCAAUGACACUUGCGCCUUCCCCUGUCCUGGAACGUACAUUGGCCACUCCUGGGGUCAGAAACCUCAAUUUCCCUCCUUACGCCAUCAACAACUUCUUGCCUGGUCACAGUCUGUUGAAGCAGGUUAUUGCACCUAAUGCUACUCAUUUGAAUGGUCCUUACAACAGUACUGAGUAUGAAUUGCAUAACUUGUAUGGCCAUUUGAGCGCCAAUGCUUCGUAUAACGCUCUGGUUGCAGUAUACGAAGGUAAGAGGCCUUGGUUCAUGGCUAGAAGCACUUUUGCUGGAAGUGGUGCUUUUGCUGGUCACUGGGGUGGCGAUACUAACUCCAAUUGGGGAGACAUGUACUUCGGUAUCUCGCAAGCAUUGCAGUUCUCCAUCGCCGGCAUCCCAUACUUUGGCGUCGAGACUUGUGGUUUCAACGGCAACGCAGACAUGGAGCUGUGUACACGUUGGAUGCAACUGAGUGCUUGGUUCCCGAUGUAUCGCAAUCACAACAACCGCAACACCAUUGCUCAAGAAGCCUACCGUUGGUCAACUACUACCGAGUCAACCCGCCGCAUCAUGAACAUCCGCUACAGCCUCCUCCCUUACACGUAUACCUUGUUCCACAAAGCCAAUGUCGCCGGCGAAACUGUCUUACGAGCUCUAGCCUGGGAAUUCCCCGAAGACGCAUCACUCAAAGCCAUCGAUAAUCAAUUCAUGAGUGGACCUGCUUUGCUCGUAAUACCCGUACUCGCUCCCCUCGCCACAUCGGUGCAAGGCGUAUUCCCUGGCGUCUCUACCGGAACAAUCUGGUAUGACUGGUAUACUCUCGCAAAGGUCGACGUCGCAGCUGGAGAGAAUAAGACGCUUAGCGCGCAUAUUGAACAUCAACCUAUUUUCGUGAGAGGCGGUUACAUCAUCCCCAUUCAGAAAGCUGGGAACACGACUGCGAUGUCUAGAAAGAGUCCUUGGAGUUUGCUCAUCGCGCUUGACAAGGAUGGUGCAGCUAACGGAGAACUAUAUCUCGACGACGGCAUCAACAUUGUUCAAAACGCAACCAAGAAUGUCGAGAUUUCCUUCGCCAACGAUACCUUGUCUACCAAGGUAACUGGUGCGUUUGAAGAUGGUAUCCCGCUUGCCAAUAUCACUAUCGCUGGAGCCUUGGCUCUGCCUAGGGAUAUCAAGCUUCAUGUUGAUGGUGCUGCGUGUGAGACUUCUGUGUUGGUAGUCAAGAAUGGUGGUAACGUGACUUAUAUCACAGGGCUUGAGGGUGUGACGACAGCUGGAGCGUGGCAGAGUGAUCUGACGCUUCAACUGAUUUACUGA